CUCAGACCCUCCGCAGCCAGAGCUCUCUGUGCGCCUGGAAAUCAGAAUGAAGCGAAGCCUGAACUACAGCUCAUCAGACAGUGAGCUGGACGAUAAUGUGGAGGUGGAGAAGGACAGUGGAGAUGAAAAUGGUCAGGCUUACUCUCCAGGAUCCAUGUCACCCACCACCACCACCACUCAAGUUCAAGCCAGAAAAAGGCGCAGAGGGAUAAUAGAGAAAAGGAGACGUGAUCGGAUCAAUAAUAGCCUGUCAGAGCUGAGAAGACUGGUGCCAAGUGCUUUUGAAAAGCAGGGAUCGGCUAAAUUGGAAAAAGCUGAAAUUUUGCAAAUGACAGUGGACCACCUGAAAAUGCUUCAUGCAUCUGGAGGAAAAGGUUACUUUGAGGCCCAUGCUCUUGCGAAGGAUUACCGCAGCUUGGGCUUCAGGGAAUGCAUGGCAGAGACGGCCCGCUACCUGAGCUUUGUCGAGGGCCGGGAUGGUACAGACUCCCUGCGGGUGCGUUUGGUGUCCCACCUCAGUAACUAUGCCUCACAGAGAGAGGCGCACACUGGACUGGAACACUUGGCCUGGAGCUCAGCUUAUGGGACAGCCCCUUCCCCUCUCCCCCACCACCUUCUUCUACAACACCCUCAGGGUAGGACACCUGUGCCCAGAACCAACAGCAGCCCCCCCUCUUCUUGCUCCUCCUCCUCCUCUGCUUCAUCCUCCUCAUCCAGCGAGGUUUCUGGAACAUCCAGGCUCAGUAUGCUGUCCCCGUCAGAGUCACUUAGAGUACCUCCUAAUGGCUCCCUACCCCUCACUCUACCUGUGUCAGCGUCCAAGUUGUCCCCACCACUCGUCUCAUCUCUCUCCUCACUUUCAAGCUUCCCCCUCUCCUUUGGGGGCUUUCCUCUCAUCUCCCCAACGGCUGUCAGUACAAUAAAUCCCUCCUCCACCAUGUCAAAGCCUUACAGGCCUUGGGGAAUGGAGAUUGGGGCCUUCUGACGUUGACCACUGGACUCAAGGCAACAGCUGAGCUUGCCAACAGAUUGUGUCUUCAGCAGUUCCUAUAGCAAUACACUACAAGAAAACUUUUUAUUUUAUUUUUUUACUUAAAAAUACAUUUGAGAAGUUGCAGGUGGAUGCCAUGCCCUCUUAGAAAUUGAUUUUCUUAAAAGGUGACUUUUUUUUAUACCCUUCAAUAAAUUUAAACUGCUAUUAAUGCCUCCAGGUCGAGGACUGAUGUGAAGAAUGAAUUAAAGAUCAACAGAUUAUCGAAGAACUUUAGAGAUGCAAUCCAAAAAUUGUAAUCUGGCUACCACCAUGGCAUGAGUUGGGGAAUCUGGCCCCCUGGGCUAGAUUAGGAAAUGUUGGUGGCCACUUAUGUUUCUUCUACCUAUGCACAUUAUUUGUAACUAUCACCAAAAACUUUUGUCCGAACCACUAAUAAAAGAAACAAUGUUUUUAAUGCAGGAUAAUUUCAUCAUCCACUGAUAUAAUUGAGCCAAAAUUGUUAUAACUAUCAGGUCUCUGUGUGCCAAUGUUACUCAGUUGCUGAAAUGCACAGAAAACAAAAGAGGCCUUAAGUAUGCUCCUAAAACCUGCUGCUGUUACACCUGAUAUGCUUGGGGUUGGCUAGAUCUAAAAACAGCUAUGACAUCAUUAUGUUUAAAUGACUGUUUAUAGAUAGUCAACAUAGAAACCUGGAUUUGCAAACCAGCCACUUAUUUAAAAAAAAAAAAAUGGUGACCAAACUCUUAGGGCACAAGACUACUGGCCUAAUUAUUCCUUGUUUGAGUUCAGCUCAGAUGACUACAGAUCUGUGUAUUUUAAAGAUGAAGUUGGUCAAUUCAUCUGUUUUUUUUUUAUGUGUUUUUUUCUUGGCGAUAUUAAAACUAUGUGCAGAAAAAGAAAUGUUAUGUUUAAUGGCUUACACCCAGAAAGGUAAAAUAAAUGCCUUUAAAUAUCUGUCAUAAUUUUUGUAUUUUACAAAUAAAGCGGGUCCAAAACAAAUUUUUA